AGGGAAAAUCCCAUCGUAUAGGGAAAUCCCCAAUGCUUGGUGUGCAUUAAAUAGAAACAAACUUUUGGUUGGAUAUAAAAUUCUGAUCAAGAGCUCCUAUCCUAUAGAAGCAAUAAUGGCCACUCCAGAUCCAGAACUGACCAAAGCAUUCUCUGAGCUCCAAGUAAAGAUGAUUGAAAACAGUCAGCGUGUCAAGAUUGCCGAGGGUCAGGUAAUGGCUAUCAAGAAGGACAUCGCUAAGUCUAACCUCACAGAUAAAGAGUUGUCUAAUCUCCCUCCUGGCACUAACACCUACCAGGCAGUGGGACGGAUGUUUAUGCUCCAGCCUGUCAAGAAGGUUCGUGCUGACUUGAAGAAAGGUCGCAGUGACAAAGAAGAAAAGAUCAGAGCCAUUCAGAACCAGGUGUCAUAUUGGGAGAAGGAGGUACGGAGUGGAGAAGAGAGUCUCAGAGACCUUGUUAGUCAGAAACGAUAAUCUGUAUUUACGUAGUAACCCCUGGCAACUGUCCCGUAUCAGCAUGCAAUGUGUUAAAUUCUUUGUGUACUUGUUACAAUUAUGUCUUGAAAUUGUUA